AUGAUCUUAGAUCCACUUUCUAAGCCAAUUGUCUCUACUCAUACAAAUGAAGAGAUAGUUCAAUUUUGGGAUUCUCUGGAAUCCAUCCUUAAACUUUCCAAUGAGAAAACAGGGAAUAUACUAGAUGAAUCCAAAGUUAAUUCAAAAUUAGUAACCUUUUUGAAAAUAGCGACAGAUUCAUACAAGAUAUAUAUCAAUUCAGAUCAAGAUCUCUACCGCUUGGCUUUAAUCCUAACGGAAUCAUCAAUCUUUAAUUUGAAGAAAAAAUUCUGUUUGAGUAAAUUAUUAUCAUUACUAAAUAUCGACCUUUUAGAAAUGAAUAUGAAAUUCAUAAUCUCAUACAUCCUACUUUGUGAAUCCAAGAAAAAUUUGAACUCCUUAGAGACAAUGAUUGAAUUCCAAGGGUUUAACGUAUUUUACAACACGUUAUAUACUCAAUUUGCAUAUUUGAAUAAAUAUGGUGAAGACGAUAAUGGUAAUAUCCUGACGAAAAGUAAUAACAACGAGCUGAAUGAAUUAGAUGUAACCAUCAUAGAUGAAAUGAAACAAAUUUCAACAGUUUUAAUGGAUUUACUCUUCCAGAUUUUCAAAUUUUGUAAAUGUAGUAUCACUUCAUUACAAAUAGUUGAUGAUUUUUUUGUUUAUUUUUUAUUAACAUCAAUAAGAUCUGACACAACUGAUGAUUUAUUUAAUAAUGCUCAAUUUAAAUUGAUCCUAGUCCUUAAUGAACAAUAUAUGAUGUUUGCUAGAGAUUUCGAAAUUGGAAAUAAAAUAUUCGAAUAUUUAAUUGGUCAACGAAAGAUUACCAGUAAAUUUUCUGAAUUAUUAUUGUUGAAAUUUAAUCGAACUGAAGAUCAUACCAUUCAAAUCAUGAUUUGUAAAAUCCUGUAUUUGAUACUAAACAGAGUUGAAGAUGGAACUGCGAUGAAUUUCUUUUAUUUAAAUGACCUCAAUGUAUUAGUAGAUGUAUUAAUACGACAAUUGGAGGAUAUAUCCGAAAAUGAAGAAAUCUUAAGAAGUACUUUUCUAAGAGUAUUAUUACCAUUACUGAAAAAUACUGAACUAUCAAAGACACAUUAUAGGAAAGAUGAUAUUGUGAACUUACUUCGAUAUUUAUCAAAUAUCGAUAACAUAUGUUCAAAUGACCAAGUUCUUCAUGAACAUAGAAAUACAGUCAAGUUAGCGUUUAAAUGCCUUACUCAAGUAAAUUGGUUAACAUUUGCUUCAUCAGAGUAUGAUCCAGAUUUCCCAGAUACGCCAACAAGUAGAACAUCGAGUAUAAGUGUUGUAGGAAUGGGAUUGACAAUGACUGAUGGAACAAUGACUCCUGUAUAUGGUAGUGCUGCUGCCGUCACAAAUAAUACAGGUAUGAAAAAUAAUAAUAAUUAUAAUAAUAAUAAUACUAGGAUAACAACGAAUGACAACGGUGUUGAUCGUCUCUUCGUUCGCUCAAACUCUGAUAAUUCAGCAGAAUCAUUGGAAAAAGGAAAAAUAAACCUUUACCACCACCUCCUCCGCCAAAAUCGAGGAAAAUUUCUUUCCCUAAGAAAACUGAUAUGUCGUGUCACAUUAUGGGUGUCCGACCUGUUUGAUAUGAAUAAUGUACAAACCAACUAG